AUGUCCAAGCUCUACGUGGGCAAUCUACCGUCGGAUUGUAACGAGAGUGCGCUCAGGCAGCUCUUUCAGGAUCAUAAUUUGUCGUGUACCACGAUCCUGGUGAAACGAGGCGGUUACGCGUUCGUUGACUGUACCGAUCAGUCCGUAGCGGAUCGUGCCAUCGACAAACUUAACGGGUUCACGUAUAUGGGAUCUACACUCGUUGUGGAACCCUCUGUGGCUAGUGGACCCAAGAAACGGUAA